AGAUAAGUACAUAGAAAACAUUAUUUAUCACAGAAAAUAAACAACUUAUAAGAACAGUUAGGGGAUGGGCCAAACAAUUGGUUUAACUGGAGAAAAACACAUACAAAUAUGAUAUUAAACAUAUGUGAUAAAGGACGGUCCUUGUUUUACGAAAAUUAGCUAUCUUACAUAACUCAUUAAUCAGUUUGCUUUCAAAGUUUCGUCCUUGAUCACUGUGAAGUCGCUCGUGGUCACGUGACAUUGAAUAGUAUUGUGUGCGUCACAAUAUGAUGACGUCAUAGAAGGUGUGUCGUGAUUUCCUGAACAAUCGCGUAGCUACCGUAACACAGAUAAGAUCUUUCUCGUCGUCAGAAAUGGCUACGUGUCACGUAUCUCGUAUGAGGAGACCCGUACGGGCUUCUAUGCUGGACCCAUUUCCAAUAACAACUUACCAACAAUGCUACACGGCAAGUCCAGAAAUCUUACCCGCCAUUAAAUACCACCAGAUGCCCUCAUUGGUGCAUGCGGGACUCAGCGGUCAGCGUCAGGCUAAUCAACUAACCGUGGAUCCUGAUGGAACACUCAAAACAGCUCACAGGAACCCGGAUGGAUCUGAAAUCAGAAAUAUCAACCCAGAAAAGAAUCUGGAAACGAAAGCAGCCAUGAACACGCCACUGAGAGAACUCAAACCAACUAUGCCUACACGCACGCGCGAGACCGAGGCGCGACCUGUCGAGAAGAAACGUGAAUUUGACACAAAGUUCGGCAAAAUGGACAUCAACAUGGUUAACAAGCUUGUCAACCGUAUCCGUUGGACAUCUACAACAACAGAUGCUUGUCAGGAGGAAUUCGCUUCCAUUCCCGUCCCUGAGAUCGAACCUCCAGAGAGUACACUUGAGCCAAAAGCGGAUAUGGUUCGUUUGCAUGGCCGGAAGUACGAGUCUAGUCCAGGCGAUUGGCAGAAAUGUAUAUUUUGGGACUGUGUGCAACCACGUGGAACCGUCACACAUGGUGACCUGCUCGAGAAGACACAUGGCCAGCCAGAGAAACUUUUGGCCAAAAGGAAGAGCCGGACUGGCGGAUACCGGGAAGAAUCCGAGAGGAUCCGGAGAAUGGCACAGGAUAAUAUGCUGGCUAAUAUAUAUGUCCGUCAGACUCCAGGCUAUGCAGGAUUCGUACCCAGAGCUCCACCGGAAGGACAAAUGGAGCGAAGGUUGGAGGGGGCACACAUGGUCAGCACGAUGAAGGCCACAUACAGAGAACUGCCAGCGUCUACUUAUCAGAAACAGCUGAAUGCCAGAAAGGGACCAUUGUCAAAAACGGUGACCUUGACCUAUCCAUUUAACCCCUAUAAUAAGGUUGUCCAGAGCUGCGUCCUGACAGAAAGUCAGCUCAAGUGAUGUCAUCGAGUUAUUAAUAUAGGUCAUUUGAUUGAAGUUAUAAAAGCGACAUAAAUCACUGAGAAGAUAAGAUAUAUACAUAUAUAUGCAAUUAAAAUUCAAAAUAAAAGUGUUUCAGUUUUCAUUAGAAAUUUCAUUUAAUCAUGUCAGAAAUUGUAUAUAAAUAUCAAUUACAUAUUAUGUACACAUAAUGAUGAAUAAAUAUAUCGAACAUUA